AUGGCCGUAGCAGCAUGUGAAGAUGAAUGGAAAGAAGCGGCUGCAAAAUAUAAAGCAUUAAGUGCCGAUAGUGAAGUUAAUUAUCUUCGCCGAACAGCAACAGCUAGUAUUAAUAUUGAAACAGACGCUUGCUUCAAUAAUGACAGAAAAAUUUCUUCUGGUGAUUUACGCGGUGGUAAACAAACUGAUUCAUUAUAUGAUACUUUUCCCGGGAUUGAAGCAGAUGCAAAAGCAUUCGUUGUUCAGGCAUGUUCACAAAAGUCAGGAGAUAAAGAAACUGGAGAUGAUUUGAUACGAUCCGAAAGAAGUUGUCGUCUGGAUCUUCGUAGAUGGGGUGCUAAAUUCGAAGCAAAUUCACAACGUCCAUAUUUGGAAGGACAUGAAAGAGACGAUGUGGUGAAACAUCGUAAUGAAUUUAUUAAUUAA